AUGGAGGUGUAUGUUGAUGAUAUGGUCGUCAAAUCCAGAGACCUUGAACAACACGUAAUUGAUCUUUCGGAAGUGUUCCAACAAUUGCGUAAAUAUGACAUGAGGCUUAACCUAGAAAAGUGUGUGUUUGGAGUGUCAGGGGGAAAGUUCCUCGGCUUUAUGCUAUCGGCAAGAGGCAUUGAAGCCAAUCCCGAUAAGUGCAUGGCAGUCAUCAACAUGGUCAGCCCUCGGAACCUCAAAGAAGUUCAAAAGCUUGCAGGACGGCUCACAGCUUUGUCACGGUUCCCCCCAUGUUUGGUGGAGAUAGCAAAACCUAUUGUUGGAUUGUUAAGGAAAGUGAAAAAGUUUGAAUGGUCUAUUGAAUGUGAAGAAGCGUUUCGGAUGUUGAAGGAACGUCUAGGCUCUCCCCCCGUCCUUUCAAAACCUCAUCCUCAAGUGGAUAUGAUAGUUUAUUUGUGCGUCUCAAAUGAAGCAAUCAGCGCCGUUCUGAUUCAAGAAGUAUGGGGGCAACAACUCAUUUACUUCAUCAGUCGUAUGUUACAGGAAGCCGAGACGAGGUAUCAACUCCUGGAAAAGGUGGCAUUAGGACUCGUGAACGCUGCUCGACGUCUAAGUCAGUAUUUUCAAAGUCAUCGUGUCGUAGUCCUAACUGAUUGCCCGAUUGCCAAAGUUUUGCGCAAACCAGAAUUAGCAGGACGGAUGAUGGCUUGGUCUAUUGAGUUGUCAGAAUUUGACAUCAGUUUUGAAGUAAGGGGUCCAGUCAAUUCCUCAAACAGUCAAGGUAGUGGAGCCGAUAUAAUCCUUGAAGGACCAACAAGACUGAAUCUUGAACAAUCACUACGGUUUGCGUUUAAAGCUUCGAACAAUCAAGCCGAGUAUGAAGCACUGUUGGCAGGUUUAAGACUUGCACAAGAGAUCGGAGUCAGGCGAUUGGUAUGUUGGACCGACUCGAAAGUUGUAGCAGAACAGGUAAACGACAACUUCCAGGUGAAAGAUUCAAACUUAUUGAAGUACUAUCAUUUGUUUCAGAGGAUGCGCAGUACUUUUGAUGAAGUCCAAGUGAAGCAUACGUCGAGAGAACACAACGAGAGGGCUGAUCAGUUAGCUCGAUUAGCAAGCAGUACUCAGAAAUCGGGACAGUUACGAACCACACUUCACCUAGACCUAGCAACUCCGAGUGUGGUAACUACCGAAUGCAUGACAAUUGAGGAGCCCACUCGAACAUGGAUCACUGAUAUAACAGAUCACCUUGAGCAUGGCAAAGUACCAUCCGACCCAUCUGCUGCCAAAAAGCUCUUAGCACAAGCUGCUAGGUAUACAAUUGUUGGAGGAGAGUUAUACCGCAGAGGAUUUUCGGUCCCAUUGUUGAAAUGUAUUGGUGCGGAGCAGGCUGGCUAUGUCUUGAGAGAGAUUCAUGAAGGAAUAUGCGGUUUUCACUCGGGUGGACGAACCCUAGCCACCAAGGUGCUUCGAGCGGGGUAUUAUUGGCCAACCCUCAAGGAUGAUUGUGUAAAGUUCGUCAAGCGUUGCGUGUCAUGCCAACGGCACGGUAAUCUCAUUCAUGCUUCAGCUGAAGAGCUUCAUGGUAUUAGUUCACCCUGGCCAUUUGCAAUGUGGGGCAUGGAUAUCCUCGGACCUUUCCCAAUUGCCAAGGGCCAAUGCAAGUUUUUAUUAGUAGCUGUUGACUACUUCACAAAAUGGGUCGAGGCCGAGCCACUCGCCAAUCUCGGCAUCAAGCAUAGGUUUACAUCCGUAGAGCAUCCGCAAUCCAACGGGCAAGCCAAAGCAGCUAAUAAGGUGAUUCUCAAUGAGCUAAAGAAACGGUUGGGAGACGCCAAAGGAGCUUGGGCCGAAGAACUGACGGAGGUCCUAUGGGCCUAUCGGUGCACUCCUCAGUCCACUACAAAGGAGACCCCCUUUCGGUUAACAUAUGGUACUGAUGCCAUGAUCCCCGUUGAAGUUGGGGAACCAUCUUUUCGGCGACAAUACUUCGAGGAGAACUGCAAUGAGGCAUCCCUCUGA